UCAGAUGUUUUCGUUUGUGCACGUUGUUCUCCUUGUGGCUAUCAUUGCCCGCACGCAAGCGCUCGAAUGUUACCAAGGAGUUGCAUCCGGUUAUUCCCCAGUGACAAGACAGCAGUGCCCACGCGGAGCGGGAUUUUGUUAUACAAUCACUCUAAACUAUGCCCCAAAAAGAUACGGCUGUGGCUUCGGAUCAUGCAAGGAAAAAGGCUGCGAAGCACUCGGCGAUUACGGUAUGGGCACGAUAUGCUGCUGUGCUUCUAAUCUUUGCAAUAGAAACUAAACAAAUGAGACAUCCACAAGAAGUUGCACCAGUAAUCUCCAAAUUUUGGGCUUUUAUUCUGGGCGGAAUAAAUUCGUUUGCAGU